AUGUUUCAACCAUGCCAGAUUGAAGUCACAAAGACUGACCAGCAAAAGAUCACUGAACUUCAGUAUGCUGAUGACAAAGCACCUGGCUGCCACUCCAGUAAACAGCUUCAACAAUCGGUGAAUAACUUCACCAAUGCUUACACUCAGUUUAGCCUAAAAGUCAACAUCAAAAAGACAAAAAUCUUGGCACAACCCAUUCUAAGUCAGGAAACUCCAGACCUCAACAUUAUCAUCUCAGAGAUGCCACUGGAGAAAGUCGAUCACUUUUCAUACUUAGGAAGUUUGCUUUCGAACAAGUGCACAUUGGAAAAGGACAUGGAGAACCGAUUAAGAGUAGCUUAUACCAUAUUUGGUGGAUUUGCAAAAAGAGUCAUUAAGAACAAAGAUCUUAACCACCAAACAAAAUUGAGUGUCUACCAAGCAGUUGUGAUCUCCACUCUCCUCUAUGGUUUCGAAACCUGCACUCUUUACCGAAGUGAUAUAAAAAAAAACUAG